CCCGUAUGUAAAUGAGGGAGGCCGCGCCGGCAGGCUACCGGCGGCCCCGCGCGGCGCGGCGCUGUUGGCUGCGCGCGGCGCCGACAGGAGCGCGCGGGAGCAGCCACAGCCGGGCCGGGGCCGCCCGCUGGGGCCGCGCCGCCCGCCUCCACGUGCCGCCCGCGCCAUGGAACUGGAGGAGCUGGGCAUCCGGGAGGAGUGCGGCGUGUUCGGCUGCAUCGCCUCCGGCGUGUGGCCCACGGAGCUGGACGUGCCCCAUGUGAUCACGCUGGGGCUGGUGGGGCUGCAGCACAGGGGCCAGGAGAGUGCUGGAAUUGUGACAAGUGAUGGAGAGUCAUCCCAGGCAUUCAAAGUGCACAAGGGAAUGGGUCUUAUAAAUCACGUCUUCAACGCAGACAGCCUGAAGAAGCUGUACGUUUCAAACCUCGGUAUUGGGCACACGAGAUAUUCCACCUCGGGAAUUUCUGAGCUGCAGAACUGCCAGCCUUUUGUCGUAGAGACUCUGCAUGGAAAGAUCGCUGUGGCACAUAACGGGGAGCUAACAAACGCUGUACGACUCAGGAGGAAGCUUAUGCGGCAUGGUGUAGGUCUGUCGACCAGCUCUGACAGCGAACUGAUCACCCAGCUGCUGGCGUUCACUCCUCCUCUAGAAAAUGAUGACACAGCUGACUGGGUAGCAAGAAUAAAAAAUUUAAUGAAUGAAACUCCAACUUCAUAUUCAUUGCUAAUUAUGCAUAAAGACAUAAUCUAUGCAGUACGUGAUCCAUAUGGGAAUCGCCCACUCUGCAUUGGUCGCCUUAUUGCGGUAGGGGACAUGAAUGGAAAAGGGAAAGAUAACAGUGAAACAGAAGGAUGGGUGGUCUCUUCUGAAUCCUGUAGCUUUUUGUCUAUCGGUGCAGAGUACUAUCGUGAGGUGCUUCCUGGAGAGAUUGUGAAAAUAUCUAGAUAUGAUGUCCAGACACUGGAUGUUGUACCAAGACCUGAAGGAGAUCCGUCAGCAUUCUGCAUCUUUGAAUAUGUUUAUUUUGCAAGACCAGACAGUAUUUUUGAAGGUCAGAUGGUGUAUUCAGUCAGGAGAAGAUGCGGGCAGCAGCUUGCUAUUGAAGCACCUGUGGAAGCAGACCUGGUCAGCACUGUUCCAGAGUCUGCAACCCCAGCAGCUCUUGGUUAUGCACAAAAGUGUGGACUACCGUAUGUUGAAGUACUCUGUAAAAAUCGGUAUGUAGGAAGAACGUUUAUCCAGCCAAAUAUGAGGUUACGGCAACUUGGUGUUGCAAAGAAGUUUGGUGUUCUGUCUGAUAAUUUUAAAGGCAAGCGAGUUGUUAUCAUUGACGAUUCGAUUGUGAGGGGCAACACCAUUUCACCCAUCAUAAAACUACUGAGAGAAUCAGGAGCCAAAGAGGUGCACAUCCGUGUGGCUUCACCGCCCAUAAGAUUUCCUUGUUACAUGGGAAUAAACAUUCCAACUAAAGAAGAACUCAUCGCCAACAGACCUGAAUUUCAUGAUCUUGCAAGCUAUAUUGGAGCAGACAGUGUUGUCUAUCUUUCUGUGGAAGGGCUGGUAUCGUCCGUGCAAGAAAGCAUCAAAGCACGACAAGAGAAUGAGAACAGCCUUAAAACCCACAAGUCACGUGUUGGAAAGAUUGGCCAUUGCACAGCGUGUCUCACUGGAGAGUAUCCCGUAGAGCUAGAAUGGUGAAUUUUUAGUGGAUGGACACCAGGUCAUCUCUUGUUGAAUGUACCUUUUUCAAAGAUGCCUCCUUGCUAAUAGCCCUCUUACAUUUAGAUAAUAUGGAAAGCUCAUUACAACUAACUAAUUACUGUUACUAAAAUACAUCUUUACUGUAAAGACUUAGAGAAGUCCGAUGUGUUGAUGAAAACAAUGUAGAUAGAUUAAAAUACAAAAUCAUGUAGUUUUUAUGCACAGUUGUGCCUUCUAUUUUAUCAUAAAAUAUUAUAAAAACCAAAGUUUUUUUUAAUUAUGUAGUAGUCCCAGAGUGUUUUGUUUCCGUCUUGCCCUGAAAAAUACCCCUUUUAGACUUGUUCGGAGAUCAUGAAUCAUGUGGUGUAAUUUCAAAUUAUCAAAGUCUUAAUGCGAAAGUAUGUGAAGUUUGCUUUUCUCCUUAGGAAAAAUACCAGAUUCUGAAGAAUCAAAUUGCUUCUUCAGCAUUCUUGCUUAAGCUUUUUAAGAACAGAAAUACCUAACUUUUGCAUAUAUAGCUAAACAGCCUUUAUUAAUCUAGCCCUUUGUAAUAGAUUCUAUGAAUAUAAUGUCUAGCGUAUGAUUUUUAAAAAUGAAGACUCAGGGAAAUGCUCAGCCAAAAGCUCUCUAGUUUUAUAAUUUUAAAAUUCUUCUUUUGAAGUCCAGUGUAAUGACAUUAUCUUCAUGUGCUUUUAUCAGUUGCCAGUAGGAUAUGGAAGGACUAAAAACACUUGGCACUGCCAUUUUCCUUUCUGUUUUACAUCUUGUUUUCUUCAGGAUAAGUCCUGACAAUUUCUGAAGUCUGAGCUAAUGCUCAGCAUGCUUUUCAUAUGCCAACAUCCAAAGUAAACUGAAAAACAAAGUCACUUUUCAUUUUUAACAGUAAAAAUGAUGUAUCAAGUGAAGAUAAUGAGUUGUUUUGGGUAUAAUCUUAUUUUGCUACAUUACUGCUGUUACCAUAAAUGUAAUGUUAAAAAAAAAGAGUUCUGAAGAACCAUUAGCUAUUUAAUGCAUUGUAUUUUUUAAUUGGUCACAAUUACACAGUUAGUUGUAUACAUGAAGAUCACUUGGACAAUGAACCACUAGCUGAAAAUGGAAAAGCACCUUUGAAAACUAUUGCAAAUUUACGCACAAUUGUAAAAAUAUUUUGUAUACCUCAGUUUUUUCACUGAAAAGCAGCAACUUAAUUUUAGAUUUUCUAUUUAAUAUUGUGUAUUUUGGCUUUAUAACUGUUUGUGACUCUGUUAAAAAAAAAUAGCGAAGCAAAAAAGAGCUUCUUCCUUCCCCAUCAUCUUCCACAUAGUUCAGAAUUACAGCACUGGUGAUUAAAUUCAGAAGGGAACUUUCUUACACGGGAUUUGUGGCAAUUGUGCCUGACAGACAAUCACAAAACAAAAGUCCCAAUUCCAGAAAGCAUGUAAAUACAUUUAAGAAAGUCAAGACCUCGUGCAGUGGAAUGAGAACCUACUUGCAGUCAAGCCUAUGGGAGAAUCUAGAUUUUCAUGAGCAUCUUACUCUUACUUGUUCACCAUAGCCCAGAUCUGCAUAUUUAGGGAUGUAUGUGGAUCUCUUCUGUUUAAUUAGCAAGUUUGUUUGUUUGUUAACAGAACCAUAACAGUUCAUCUGAACAGUAAAUUGAGCAAAAAAAACCCAGGUUCCAGAUUAACCAGGGAGGAGUGUGAGAAAACAGAAAAAACUGUCAUUAACAAUUUCACCUUUCUUCUUACCUGUCCUCAAGAAAGCCAUCAUUUUUAAAAGAAUGGAUAAGUCGAGCUCUUAAGUUACAGUCACAUGCAAGGAGCCCUUUCUACUUGAGAUAAAAACUUAGGUGCAGACUUCAACGAGCUUCCAAGCAGAAGUUUAUCGAUUUACCUGAAACUGUCUACAGAACAGACUGUAAAUGAAACACGUGCAAAUACUCUUUUAACCUGUUUUCAACAAAACUAGUAUUUUUGAAAUCUGGUAAUAACUGCUUAAAUGUGAUUUGAGCAUUUCUGAUUUCAGUAAAAUGAGUCCUUAUGCCUUUUUUCCCUCCAAGUUAUGCAUGUGAAAUUACAAGGUCUGCUACUGUACUGUAAGCACUGUAAUUUUUAGAUACACUACAUGCCUAAUCUUUAGUACGUAUUUUUCAAAACCUUAAGUUAAAGGGGAGACACUUUUCAAGUGUCACUUUAUUCUCUGACAGCUGGAUUUAUGCUUCAGGUUACCAGGCCUUUAUUUUUCACGUACAAUAGACACACACAUGGAACAAGCAUGUUGAGGGAGAGAACUCUGGUUUUAGGUGUCGCUAUUUGUAUCAUUUUCAUGUUUUACUGUGAAAACUAUUUCUGCUGUAUUACCAAUUUGCAACUGUGCCAAAUUAUCACUUAGAAGAUGUGACAAAACAGUAGAAAGCAAAUGUCUAACUUCUCCUGUGCAUAAUAUUAAAAGUGGUUAUGAACUGGU